UGGGGCGCGAUGACCCUGAACGGCGGCGGCGGCGGGGGCGGCGGCGGGGGCCGGGAGCGCGAGCGCCGUCGGGGCAGCUCGCCCUGGGGCCCGGCGCCCCCGCUGCACCGCCGGAGCAUGCCGGUGGACGAGCGCGACCUGCAGGCGGCGCUGGCUCCGGGCGCCCUGGCGGCGGCGGCCGGGCCCCGCGCCCAGGGCGCGCCCCUCGACUGGCCCGAGGGCUCCUCUGAGUCGCUCAGCUCGGGGGGCAGCGACUCCGACGACAGCGUUUACAAGGUGCUGCUGCUGGGCGCGCCCGGCGUGGGCAAGAGCGCCCUGGCGCGCAUCUUCGGAGGCGUAGAGGACGGGCCUGAAGCCGAGGCCGCAGGACACACAUAUGAUCGGUCCAUCGUGGUGGAUGGAGAAGAGGCAUCACUCAUGGUGUAUGACAUUUGGGAACAGGACAGCAGCCGCUGGCUCCCUGGUCACUGCAUGGCGAUGGGGGAUGCAUACGUCAUAGUGUACUCAGUGACGGAUAAGGGCAGCUUUGAGAAGGCUUCAGAGUUGCGGGUCCAGCUGCGGCGGGCACGGCAGAUGGACGACGUGCCCAUUAUCCUUGUGGGCAACAAGAGCGACCUGGUGCGCUCUAGAGAGGUCUCCUUGGAUGAGGGCCGGGCCUGUGCCGUCGUCUUUGACUGCAAGUUUAUUGAGACAUCAGCAGCGCUGCACCACAACGUCCAGGCCUUGUUCGAAGGUGUCGUGCGCCAGAUACGCCUGCGCAGGGACAGCAAAGAGGCCAAUGCACGUCGACAAGCGGGUACCCGGCGGCGAGAGAGUCUGGGCAAGAAGGCAAAGCGUUUCUUGGGCCGCAUUGUAGCACGCAACAGUCGCAAGAUGGCCUUUCGUGCCAAGUCCAAAUCCUGCCAUGAUCUCUCAGUGCUCUAGACUUCACAGGCACAUGCUGCGUUGUGCAUACAAACGGGCAGUUUGGUGGGCUGGCCCAGUCAGCUGCCCUAGGUGCCUCAAGGCUGGCUCAGACUCUGGGCAUACUCCACCUCAUGGUCAUGGACAGACAGACAGUGCUGCCCAGGCUGCUCCCAGUGGCCUUCAAGAACUGGGCGCACAGCGAUGCAUGUACAGGCCUGUGUGUGUCCCCCAGCAGCAGCCUGAGCCCAGCCCGUGGGGCAGGCCUGUGUGUGCGGACAGGACUCUACCUUUCUCCACACUUGGGGUGUGCAUGCUCUGGAGGGAGGCUGUUCAGUGCAGUGGUUAUUUGUUUACAUGCAAACUUUUGUAAUAAAGACUAUUUCCUGAUAGA